GUCAUAGGAGCGGUGGAGGGGGGCGCUCGAGCCACGUCCAUGAAGCAAAUCAACGCUUGAAGGCGGAUUACAAAGAGGCUGAGGAGACUAAUUGCGACAUCUGCAGCGUCUUCUUUCAUCUCCCCUAAAAUAUCGGCUUGGGAGCGCACAGGUUCGGCCCAGACUGCCUGUUCUGUUGAUGCCGGAGCAGGAGAUCCAGGGCGAUGUCAACACCUGAUCCUCCCAUGGGGGGUACUCCCCGUCCGGGUCCCUCCCCCGGUCCUGGCCCCUCCCCAAACGCAAUGUUGGGCCCCAGCCCAGGUCCUUCCCCUGGCUCCUCUCACAGCAUGAUGGGGCCCAGUCCUGGUCCUCCUUCAUCUGGGCACUCCCAGCCGGGGCCCUCUGGAUAUGGCCAGGAAAACAUGCACCCUCUGCACAAACCGAUGGAGGGUAUGCACGAGAAGAGCUUGUGUGAGGACAGUCGCUUCAGUCAGAUGAAGGGGCUGUCGAUGAGACAGGGCGGGCACAGCGGUAUGGGCCCCCCACCCAGCCCUCUGGACCAACACUCACAAGGUUACCAUUCUCCUCUAGGUGGCUCCGACCACUCCAGCCCUGUCGCUUCAAACGGCCCCCCAUCUGGUCCUCUUAUGCCAUCAACCUCCUCCUCAUCCUCCUCUGCUGGUUCUGCCUCAGCCUCUCUGGACGGUCCCAGUGUCGAUCAGCAUUCUUUGGGGCCUAAUCGUUCUGGACCAACAGGGAGUUCUGGACCUGGCCCAAGCCCUGGGCCUAGUCUUGGCUCUAGCAUGCCCAGUCUUGGUUCUGGCCUUGAUGGUAGCGGCCCUGGUGGUCCUGGUGGUCCGACUCCCUUUAACCAAAAUCAGCUUCACCAGCUCAGAGCCCAGAUCAUGGCAUAUAAAAUGCUAGCCCGGGGGCAACCCCUGCCUGACCAUCUCCAAAUGGCUGUACAGGGAAAAAGGCCGAUGCCAGGGAUGCAGCAGCAGCAGCCCAUGUCCAGUCUGGUCUCUGGAGCUGGUGGAGGACCAGGUGGUGGUCCAACAGGACCCGGAUCAGGGCCUGGGCCAAUGGGCUCCAGCUACAGCCGGCCUCAUGGUAUGAUGGGUCCCAACAUGCCUCCUCCUGGUCCUUCAGGGACUCCAGUUGGAAUGCAAGGACCGAAUCCCAAUGGACCAUCCAAGUCAUGGCCUGAAGGCCCUAUGGUGAACGCAGCAGCGCCUUCCAAUGCACCCCAAAAACUGAUCCCUCCUCAGCCCACCGGUAGGCCUUCUCCUGCUCCCCCAUCGGUUCCCCCAGCUGCCUCUCCUGUGAUGCCCCCACAGACCCAGUCUCCUGGUCAGCCAGCUCAGCCUCCUCCCAUGAUGCCUUACCACGCCAAGCAGAACCGCAUUACUCCCAUCCAAAAGCCAUGCGGCCUCGACCCCGUGGAGAUUCUACAGGAGAGGGAGUACAGGUUGCAGGCUCGAAUUGCUCACCGAAUUGCUGAAUUGGAGAACCUGCCUGGUUCUCUGGCUGGUGAUUUACGUACCAAAGCUACAAUAGAGCUCAAAGCUCUUCGUUUGCUGAACUUUCAGAGACAGCUGCGUCAGGAGGUGGUGGUGUGCAUGCGACGCGACACAGCUCUUGAGACCGCCUUGGAUGCCAAAGCCUACAAACGGAGUAAACGUCAGUCGCUGCGAGAGGCCCGCAUCACGGAGAAGCUGGAGAAACAGCAGAAGAUUGAACAAGAGCGCAAACGCAGACAAAAACAUCAGGAGUACCUCAACAGCAUUCUCGCGCAUGCCAAAGACUUCAAAGAGUAUCACCGUUCAGUCACCGGAAAGAUUCAGAAGCUGACCAAAGCCGUGGCCACCUACCAUGCUAACACUGAGCGGGAACAGAAGAAGGAGAAUGAGCGCAUUGAGAAAGAGAGGAUGAGAAGGCUUAUGGCUGAAGAUGAAGAAGGUUACCGUAAACUGAUCGACCAGAAGAAGGAUAAGCGCCUGGCCUAUUUGCUUCAGCAAACUGACGAGUAUGUUGCCAACCUUACAGAGCUGGUUAGAGCCCACAAAGCUGCACAGGCUCUCAAGGAGAAGAAAAAGAAGAAGAAGAAAAAGAAGAAGUUAGAGAACGCAGAGGGCCAGGCUCCAGCUCUCGGGCCGGAUGGAGAGCCCCUGGAUGAAACAAGCCAGAUGAGUGACCUGCCUGUUAAGGUCAUCCAUGUUGACAGUGGGAAUAUCCUGACAGGCGUUGAUGCUCCCAAGGCUGGACAGCUGGAAACAUGGCUGGAAAUGAACCCAGGUUACGAGGUAGCUCCUCGCUCCGACAGUGAAGACAGCGAGGAGGAGGAAGAGGAGGAGGUGGGUUGCGCUCCUAAGGAGGAAGAAGAGGAGCCUCAGCCUUCAUCAGCUCCUGUGGAAGAAAAGAAGAAGAUUACAGACCCUGACAGUGAAGACGUGUCAGAGGUGGACGUCCGACAUAUCAUAGAGAAUGCUAAACAGGAUGUGGACGACGAGUACAGCGGGGCGGCUUUUGCUCGAGGACUCCAGUCAUAUUACUCUGUGGCUCACGCCGUCACAGAGAAGGUGGAGAAACAGUCCACUUUACUGAUAAAUGGACAGCUCAAACAGUAUCAGAUUAAAGGUCUGGAAUGGCUGGUUUCUCUCUACAAUAACAAUCUGAAUGGGAUCCUAGCUGAUGAGAUGGGUCUGGGAAAAACCAUCCAGACCAUCGCGCUCAUCACCUACCUCAUGGAGCACAAGCGGCUCAAUGGACCCUACCUCAUCAUUGUUCCCCUCUCAACGUUGUCUAACUGGGUUUAUGAGUUUGACAAGUGGGCCCCAUCGGUUGUUAAAGUGUCCUACAAGGGGUCUCCCGCUGCUAGAAGAGCUUUUGUCCCCCAGCUGCGCAGCGGCAAAUUUAAUGUUUUACUCACCACUUACGAGUACAUCAUCAAGGACAAACAAGUGCUGGCCAAGAUCCGUUGGAAAUACAUGAUUGUGGAUGAAGGCCACCGGAUGAAGAACCACCACUGCAAGCUGACCCAGGUCCUAAACACCCACUACCUCGCUCCAAGGCGAGUGUUGCUGACCGGGACGCCACUGCAGAACAAGCUGCCUGAGCUGUGGGCACUCCUCAACUUCCUGCUGCCCACCAUUUUCAAAAGCUGCAGCACAUUUGAGCAGUGGUUCAAUGCUCCAUUUGCAAUGACAGGAGAGAAGGUGGAUCUCAAUGAAGAGGAGACCAUCUUGAUCAUCCGUCGCCUGCACAAAGUUCUACGUCCUUUCCUGUUACGAAGACUAAAGAAGGAAGUGGAGGCUCAGCUUCCUGAGAAGGUGGAAUAUGUCAUCAAGUGUGACAUGUCGGCUCUCCAGAGGGUCCUGUACCGGCACAUGCAGGCCAAAGGAGUCCUGCUCACUGAUGGAUCAGAAAAGGAUAAGAAGGGAAAAGGAGGCACAAAGACUCUGAUGAACACAAUCAUGCAGCUGAGAAAGAUCUGUAACCAUCCAUAUAUGUUCCAGCAGAUUGAGGAAUCUUUCUCAGAACAUUUAGGAUUCUCUGGUGGGAUAGUCCAGGGUCCUGACCUUUAUCGGGCUUCAGGAAAGUUUGAGGUGCUGGAUCGGAUCCUGCCAAAGCUGAGGGCCACAAACCAUAAAGUGCUGCUCUUCUGUCAGAUGACCUCCCUCAUGACCAUCAUGGAGGACUACUUUGCCUACCGCAGCUUCAAAUACCUGCGUCUGGAUGGCACCACAAAGGCUGAAGAUAGAGGAAUGCUUCUGAAGACGUUCAAUGACCCAGAGUCGGAGUACUUUAUUUUUCUCCUGAGCACAAGAGCUGGAGGCCUCGGCCUCAACCUUCAGUCUGCAGACACCGUUAUUAUAUUUGACUCUGACUGGAACCCUCAUCAGGACUUGCAGGCUCAGGACAGAGCCCACCGUAUCGGCCAGCAGAACGAGGUACGAGUGCUGCGCCUCUGCACCGUCAACAGCGUGGAGGAGAAAAUCCUGGCUGCGGCCAAGUACAAAUUGAAUGUGGACCAGAAGGUCAUCCAGGCAGGCAUGUUCGAUCAGAAGUCUUCCAGCCAUGAGCGCCGGGCCUUCCUGCAGGCCAUCCUGGAGCACGAGGAGCAAGACGAGGUCUGGGGUCAAGAGCUCGUGAAUGAGGAGGACGAGGUGCCAGACGAUGAAACUGUCAACCAAAUGAUUGCCAGGAGUGAAGAGGAGUUUGAGCAGUUUAUGCGUAUGGACCUGGACAGGCGCCGUGAGGAGGCUCGUAAUCCUCGACGGAAACCUCGUUUGAUGGAGGAGGACGAGCUGCCCACCUGGAUCAUGAAGGAUGAUGCUGAAGUUGAGCGUCUGACCUGUGAGGAAGAGGAGGAAAAAAUGUUUGGGCGAGGUUCCCGACAGCGUAAGGAAGUAGACUACAGCGAUUCACUGACGGAGAAACAGUGGCUAAAGGCAAUUGAGGAGGGGACACUGGAGGAAAUGGAGGAAGAGGUGCGUCACAAAAAGACAACCCGGAAGAGGAAGAGGGAUCGCGAUCUGGAUCUUCCAGGUCCGUCGUCUUCCUCUGGCAGCCGCGGACGGGGGGACAGGGAUGAUGAUGGGAAGAGGCAGAGGAAGAGGGGAAGACCGCCUGCUGAGAAACUCUCCCCCAAUCCUCCCGGUCUGACAAAGAAGAUGAGGAAAAUCGUGGAUGCUGUCAUCAAAUACAAAGACAGCACCAGCGGGCGUCAGCUGAGUGAGGUCUUCAUUCAGCUGCCGUCGCGAAAGGAACUGCCUGAGUACUAUGAGCUUAUCCGCAAGCCAGUGGACUUCAGGAAGAUCAAGGAGAGGAUUCGAAGUCAUCGCUACCGCAGUCUGGGUGACCUGGAGAGAGACGUCAUGCUGCUUUUCCAAAACGCUCAGACCUUCAACCUAGAGGGUUCCCUGAUAUAUGAAGACUCCAUUGUGCUGCAGUCCGUGUUCACCAGUUUGAGGCAGAAGAUCGAGAAGGAGGAGGAGAGCGAAGGAGAGGACAGUGAGGAAGAGGAGGAAGAGCAGGAGGAUGGAUCAGAGUCAGAAUCUCGCUCAGUCAAAGUGAAAAUCCGCCUGAGUCGGAAGGAUAAAGGAGGAGAUCGAGGGAAAGGACGCAGCAGGCGGACAGGACGCACCAGGGCCAAACCGGUUGUCAGCGACGACGACUCUGAGGAGGAGCAGGAGGAGGAGCGCUCGGCCAGCGGCACCGAUGAAGAGGUUUGAACGGUUUACAGGAGUUUAAGAGAAGGAGGCACAAAAAGGGAGAUUCCAACAAGUCAAAUAGCGCAUAUAAUCAUCGAAACAAACAAGCCACACUCAGCUCCAUCCAGCCUCAGUCAAACAACACGGACCUAAAAUAGGAAGGAGACAGGUUCAAGCUUCAUAUAUGAGCUGUAUUGUAUACAUCCCCAUUUACUAGCUGGCCUGGUAAAGAUGUGUAAACAGGCUGAAAGUAAAUCUGUUUCAGCAGAAUCUGUCACAAAUAUCCAAUUAUUUAAUUUUAAAGCAUUAAUUACAUUUUUUAAAAUCCACCUUAAAAAGGAAUACUGACCAAUUAUUUAUUCUCUUUAAGUGGCACAGUUAUUGACACCUCCGAUAAAUCCUGAAUAAUAAUAAAUAAGAUAUUUCCUCGUCUCCCUGCUUUAAGGCAGAGGUCUGCAACCUGCAGCUCCAAAGCUUCGAGUGGCUCUUAGGAAGAUCUAGAAUGGCUCUAAAUAAGAACCUUCAAAUAUAUAAAGAAUUAAUGCAGCAUAAUACAACACCAGUCUUAAGAUAUAUAUAUAAUUUCUUUUUUUAAUAUUUGAUUGCAUUUUCACAACAGAAUGAUAUUAAAAUAAGUAAAAUAUAUGUUUUUAGAUCUACUUUUCUCAUUUUUAGCUUGGAUUUGUUUGUUUUUUUACAUAAAAAAUAUCCUAUAUAAGAAAAUCCAUGCUUCAUCUUUAUGAAUUGCUUUAUUUUUUCCUCAUUUAGAGGCUAAAAAUACAAAUAAAUGUAUUAAAAUGGUAACAGAUUCCCUAUAAUAGAUAUUCAACAAAAAUAAGCUGUAUGUAUUGAAAGGUUUUAUUUAAGAUUUGCAUUUCUAAAUGACUUUUACUCAGCCAGACUCAGAGUAAAAUGGGUCUUUGCAGG